CUGCUCCGCCCGAAUCAUGCAGGGGGCCCCGAAGGAAGAGAAGGCUACUGACCGGCCCGCGCCGACCGUGCUCGAGGGGCACCCUGCGCUCUGAAACGCGCCCCCACCUGCUGCCAUGUGUCGCCGCCGCCACAGAGUUCUGUCCUUGGGAUCUGAGCCCUAAUCGUCUCUCCAGCCCUAUCUGGCGUGGAGCGCUGCCGGCGGAGGCAGCGCCUUCCCGAAGCAGUUUUAUCUUUGGACGGAUUUCUUUAAGAGAAAAAGAAACCAACAGGUUGCCAGCCCGGGCGUCACACUCAAGAUUCCGGAGAGGGAAGCCCCGGCUGCGGAUUCGUCGGUCAGCGCUGACCCUCGCGGGCAGCAAGAGGCCAGGGGGAGAAGGGGGCGAUGGCUCGGCCCGACCCGUCCGCGCCGCCCUCGCUGCUGCUGCUGCUGCUGGCGCAGCUGGUGGGCCGGGCAGCGGCCGCCUCCAAGGCUCCGGUGUGCCAGGAAAUCACGGUGCCCAUGUGCCGAGGCAUAGGCUACAACCUGACGCACAUGCCCAACCAGUUCAACCACGACACGCAGGACGAGGCAGGCCUGGAGGUGCACCAAUUCUGGCCGCUGGUGGAGAUCCACUGCUCACCGGACCUGCGCUUCUUCCUGUGCUCCAUGUACACACCCAUCUGCUUGCCCGACUACCACAAGCCGCUGCCACCGUGCCGCUCCGUGUGCGAGCGCGCCAAGGCCGGCUGCUCGCCUCUCAUGCGCCAGUACGGCUUCGCCUGGCCGGAGCGCAUGAGCUGCGACCGUCUCCCUGUGCUGGGUGGCGACGCCGAGGUUCUGUGCAUGGAUUAUAACCGAAGUGAAGCCACCACCUUGUCCCCCAAGUCCUUCCCGGCAAAGCCCACCCUCCCAGGCCCACCAGGGGCGCCAUCUUCCGGGGGUGAGUGUCCCUCGGGAGGUCCAUCUGUAUGCACUUGCCGUGACCCCUUCGUGCCUAUCCUGAAGGAGUCACACCCUCUCUACAACAAGGUGCGCACCGGCCAGGUGCCCAACUGUGCAGUGCCCUGCUACCAGCCGUCCUUCAGCCCCGACGAGCGCACGUUCGCCACCUUCUGGAUUGGCCUGUGGUCUGUGCUGUGCUUUAUCUCCACAUCCACCACCGUGGCCACCUUCCUCAUCGACAUGGAACGAUUCCGCUACCCUGAGCGCCCCAUCAUCUUCUUGUCUGCGUGCUACCUGUGUGUGUCCCUGGGAUUCCUGGUGCGCCUGGUCGUGGGCCAUGCCAGCGUCGCCUGCAGCCGCGAGCACAGCCACAUCCACUAUGAGACUACUGGCCCUGCCCUCUGCACGGUUGUCUUCCUCCUGGUCUACUUCUUUGGCAUGGCCAGCUCCAUCUGGUGGGUCAUCCUGUCACUCACCUGGUUCUUAGCGGCUGGCAUGAAGUGGGGCAACGAAGCCAUUGCGGGCUAUGCCCAGUACUUCCAUCUUGCUGCCUGGCUCAUCCCCAGCGUCAAGUCCAUUACAGCGUUGGCACUAAGCUCCGUGGACGGUGACCCGGUGGCCGGCAUCUGUUAUGUGGGCAACCAAAACCUGAACUCACUACGUGGCUUCGUCUUGGGCCCACUGGUGCUCUACCUGCUGGUGGGCACGCUCUUCCUGCUGGCGGGCUUCGUGUCGCUCUUCCGCAUCCGGAGCGUCAUCAAGCAGGGUGGCACUAAGACAGACAAGCUGGAGAAGCUCAUGAUCCGCAUCGGCAUCUUCACUCUGCUCUACACGGUGCCAGCCAGCAUUGUGGUGGCCUGCUACCUGUAUGAGCAGCACUACCGGGAGAGCUGGGAGGCGGCCCUCACCUGCUCGUGCCCGGGACCCGACGCUGGCCAGCCCCGCGCCAAACCCGAGUACUGGGUGCUCAUGCUCAAGUACUUCAUGUGCCUGGUGGUGGGCAUCACGUCGGGAGUCUGGAUCUGGUCCGGCAAGACCCUGGAGUCUUGGCGGCGCUUCACCAGCCGCUGCUGCUGCAGCUCAGGGCGGGGGCACAAGAGCGGGGGCGCUAUGGCCGCAGGGGACUAUGCGGAGGCCAGCGCCGCGCUCACCGGCAGGACCGGGCCGCCGGGCCCCGCCGCCGCCGCCGCCUACCACAAGCAAGUGUCCCUGUCGCAUGUCUAGGAGGCCUGGAGGCCGAGGCCCCAGGGACAGUGCUGGAGUGGAAGGAGGGCGUUGUUUGGCUGGGUAGCUUUGUGAAGGUCACUUCCGUUUACCUUCUUGGUGCUGAUGCCCCCUCCCUGAGCGGCUUGGAGAGGGGAAGGGGUCGGGUUCAAGAGAGUACCUGUCCCGCAGUCUUCAGCCAGGGGGCUCGGCUCACGUGCGGUGUUAUUCUAGUUUGCAUUUCUUACUGCCUUCUUUAGAAGAACCCUGUUUUUAAUUUAUAUGUAUUUUAAUUUUUUUUUAACUUUGUUGCAUUUUGGCAACAAAAUUUACCUUUGCUUUGGGGACUUCACAACCCUCAAGCCGGCAUUGUAAGGAGGUUACCCUUGGUUCAGGUUUCUUUGGACUGUGUGGUCUAAAUUAGGAAAAUAUAUUUCCUAUACGUGUGUCUUUUUCUUUCUUUCUUUUCUUUUUUUUUUAAAUGUGAACAGUGACAGGCUGCUGUGACUGGGAAGGUGUGGAUUGUCCUUUUUUUUUUCCCAGUUAGUUUUUCCUUCCACUGCUUAAAAUGUCCAGGACACUGAGAGGCCAGAGGCCAUCUGCUAGUUCUGUGUAUAGGCCCCUCAAGUCCUCCCCGGGAAUGGAGCAUGAUGGUUAGGACCCAUCCCCAAGUGACAAGGUUGGGGAAGCUAAAGAUUUUGGGAGCCUCCUUCACCUUGCUCAGCAAGCAUUGGGUCAUUUUCAUUCAUUCCUGAUAGAGCCAGCGUCACGCCUUGAAUGGUAGAGGUGGCAUUGUGGAGCCGGACACACACGUUUGCCAUAGUGAGUGAGAGCCAGAGGGCUAGCGAUGGAGUGAAUGUGAGUUCUGAACCGGUGAGGUGCUGAGCUUCGGGCCAGGCAGGGAGGAAUGGGUGGUUCUUAAUAAGCUCCAGGGAUCCCUUAUUACUAUUUUUAAAUGUACUUGUGCUACAAAUUUCAGUAAAAGUCAA